AGAACACCAAGAGAAGAGAGUUUUUGCCGAUAUUUUUAGAACUGCAAAGAAAGGACAAAUGGAUGCUGUAAAGAUUGUUGUGAAAGAUUUAGUUCUAACAAGACGUUAUGUAAAGAAAACUUUUGUGAUGAAAGCUAAACUCAAGUCUGUGUCCCUUCAUAUAGGAUCAUUACUAUCAAAUGAUUCUAUGGUCAUUGCAAUGAGGGGGCUAGGUAAAACCAUGCAAAGUAUGGACACACAGUUAAUGCUUACACAUCUGAAAAAGAUAAUAGUAGUGUUUGAGCAACAAUUUAAAAUGAAAGAAAAAGAAGAAGAAAGUAUUAAUGAAGACGACGAAGAUGAAAUGAAUGUAAGGUGUACCAUCAACAGGGGGAACAUUAGUCGCUGGAGAAACAAAGCACCACAAGCAAAUGCUACCGGCGGGCGACCUAACGAUGCAAAACCUAAUCUAGAGGCAUGA